GAUCCGCCUUCUCCCAGACUGGCGGCCGUCCCCAGGUGUGGGUCUUUGUGUCAGGAAAACUUUGAGAGCGCGAGAGCGAGGGAGCUGGACAAAGAGGGGGGGGAAAGCGACUGUGCUUCUCGGGGUCGGGGCAUGCCCGAGGCCCCCCUCCCUCUCUGGGUCAGGGAGAGUGUGAGAAGAGCGUGGCGUCCCCGGGAGAGGAGCGACAGGGAUGUGCCUAGCAAAUUCCUAAGAGGCGAUACCACCGAGGGGAGGGGAGUGAAGGGAGGGGAGAGAGGAGGGGGAGAUAGAAGAGAACGGGCACCGACUGGAGCAAAGCUGUCAAACUGAGCUCUGAGAGGAGCCCGGGGCUGGGAGGGACGGCGGGGCUGGGUUGGGUUGCACUGGGGGGACAAUCGCAGAGCCUGUGCAACUCCCCGCCUGCUGCUGCUGCCGCCACGGCGGCAGCCGCUUGUGCUGAAGCGAGGGUCCUCGGGGCUGGGGGUCGGCAGGCAGGUGGGAAAGGCGCUUUUUCUUGCUCUGCCCCUCGCCGGCUCCGUCGCCCGCUGGCCGGACCCGGUCGGAGGCAGGCGCCGAGCCAUGCAGCUGCAGUUCAAGAGCUGGAUGUUGGCUCUGCUCACCCUGCUUGUCGUCUUUCUCAUCUUCGCGGAUAUUUCGGAGGUCGAAGAAGAAAUCGGGAAUUCUGGAGGCAGAGGUACAAUCAGAUCAGCUGUGAACAGCUUACAUAGCAAAUCUAAUAGAGUUGAAGUCGUAAUAAAUGGCUCUUCAUCUCCAGCUGUUGUUGACAGAAGUAAUGAAACUGCAAAGCACAACAUUAAGCCAGCCCCAUCCACAUGGAGGCACAACCAGACCCUGUCUUUGAAGAUCAGGAAGCAAAUCUUAAAGUUCCUAGAUGCCGAAAAAGACAUAUCAGUGCUCAAGGGGACCUUGAAGCCUGGGGACAUCAUUCACUACAUCUUUGACCGAGCCAGCACCAUGAAUGUGUCACAGAACCUCUAUGAACUCCUGCCUAGAACUUCUCCCCUAAAGAACAAACACUUCAGGACCUGUGCCAUUGUGGGCAACUCUGGAAUUCUGCUGAACAGUGGCUGUGGACGGGAGAUAGACACUCACAGCUUUGUUAUAAGAUGCAACCUGGCACCUGUCCAGGAGUACGCCCAGGAUGUGGGGGUCAAGACAGACCUGGUGACAAUGAACCCCUCUGUCAUCCAGAGAGCCUUUGAGGACUUGGUCAAUGAGACCUGGAGGGAAAAACUUCUUCAACGCUUACACAGCCUCAAUGGUAGCAUCCUGUGGAUUCCCGCUUUCAUGGCCAAAGGUGGCAAGGAGAGGGUAGAGUGGGUGAAUGAACUCAUCCUGAAGCACCACGUCAAUGUGCGCACAGCUUACCCUUCCUUGCGCUUGCUACAUGCUGUCCGGGGGUACUGGCUGACAAACAAAGUACACAUCAAAAGACCCACGACAGGACUGCUGAUGUAUACUCUGGCCACACGUUUUUGCAACACCAUCUACCUCUACGGCUUUUGGCCCUUUCCUCGAGAUCAGAAUCAGAACCCUGUCAAGUAUCACUAUUAUGACAGCCUUAAAUAUGGCUAUACAUCCCAGGCCAGCCCCCAUACCAUGCCCUUGGAGUUUAAAGCCCUAAAGACCCUGCACCAACAAGGGGCAUUGAAACUGACCGUUGGUGAGUGUGAUGGAGCCACGUAAAAUGGGGGCCAAAGAGGAUUCCGUGGCUCACGUUUCCUGCAGGCUACACCACGGGCAGAUGGGGGUCGGGAGGCAAAAAACAAUAGGACGAGCAGAGGCUAGUGGUUUUCUUUGUUAAAGUGUUAAACAGUGACAAGAAUAUAUAUACCUGCAUAUAUAUAUUGACCUGAGUAUUAUAACUGUGUGGUGUUCAUCCAGAGUAUGGUGGACAAGUUACAGGAAGAAGGUGCUGAGGACUCACCCGAUCUGGAGACACUAUCUUUGGGAGUGAGAGGAUGGGACUCAAAAGGAAUCAGUUCCAGCAGAGGAAAUGUGAUCAUCUCCUGGGUUGAAGGAUUCUGGGGGCUAAUGGAUGAAUGUUAUAGCAUUUGUUUUCAGCUGAUCUGAGUCUCUGAGAAGAGUGGAUUCUGGGUGACCCAGAACCCAGAGGUUGGCAGCUGGGAUCAGUGUUAAAAAUGAUACUGUUCAAGAAGCAGGGGAGGGAUAGGGGCACAACAGAAAGGUGGAGCAAUAAAUCAAGAAGCACAGGCUAGGGUCAUGUUAGUGGAUAGCCUUGGUGUAUUCACUGUAGGUGAAUUGCCCAGUAGACCAGCUCCUGGCCCAUCAAUGUGUUCCAGAUGGGACACUGAAACUAGCAAUGGACUUUGGCUUUCUAGCUUACAAAAACCAUGAUGCCAGCAUGAACAUCACUGCUGGAUGAAGCAGAGAAAAAAGAUAAUACUGAAAGUACUCUGAUCAUUCAAACCAGAUCAACUCAUGCUUACCAAAAAAUCUAAAAUCAUCUGAGGUGAUCAGAACCACACUUGGGGCAAAGACAGAAGAGUGUCAAAUAAUACUUAGCUUUUCUAAAUGUCCUUUUGACUGGCAAAGAGAAAGAAGCCCUGGGAUUUGGGGGAGGGGAUAUUACAGACCUACAAGUGGCAUGGAGGGAAAGGGAAAGGAUAUUAUAAUCUGACCUCAUAGUGGUCACCUUUUAAGUCUCUUUCUUGCUCCCCAAAGGGUUAAUUCACCUUCCUUCCUGUUAAAAUAUAAGGUCAGAAACUGGACUGAAAGCUACCACAGCAAUGAAAUCCAAAGCCAAGGCUUGAAAGGGCACUGUCAAGAUAAAUGUCAUCGUGGUAAAAUAUAUAAGAUUGCCUUCCCUCACGGCGCACAAAGCCCCAGAGUGUGAAACCUGAAAGAAUUUUAGACAUCCAGUUUCACUUCCCAGCACCAACACUGUGUUCUGCAACUCGCUCUGUGUGGUCAAAGUAGCCAGCCCGCUCAGUUUCAAUGUCACUUUCUUGUCAGUUUCCUGUCCUGAUUGUCCAGUGGUAUUAUAGCUUGGCUCUCAUGUUUAGCUUUCUGACUCUGCAAGGAGAAGUUUAAGUCUUCCCCUCCCCCUAAUUGAUGCAAUUAUUUGGGGAUUUUGUGAAAUUAGAUUUGUUCCUAUUAAGGUUUGUAUAUUCUUAACUUUUUGUAAAGCCAAAUAUAGGAUGCGAACCACUGAACAUUAACAUCCUGGAGAAAUGUGGACUGAGAACCAGUCACUUAAGAGUUGGAAUCCUUGGUCAUAUUUAGAGAUGGCUACUGCGUGUGGGGCAUGAGCUGUCUUGAUUUGAUUGCUGUAUUAUGUCUCUGAUUAAUAAUCAUGUUUUAAGACAUAUUUGAACAUUAAAUGAAAAACCAUUAUCUUGAAGGUGAAGGGAGUUGAGAAAAGUAAUCAAGAUUUGCUUCUAAACAUAAGAUACUAGACAUAAUUAAUCAAUAGUAAUUCAGGACAGGACAUUUGCUCCAGAUUAAUGGCUGGUUAAAUAGUAGCUGGAAGCUAACAGAAAGAUACCCCAAGCCAUUAACCCAGGACAAAAUACCCCCCCCCCCAGGAUAAAACAGUGAUUGCUACUAUAAAUCAUUUUGUUCUUUGUAGUAUUGUUCUAGAUUUUAGAUUUUUAGUUUUCAUCAUGAAAUGAAAAGUUUAAAAACAACUGGUGAUAUUUUCGAUGGGAAUUGAAUGAUUCAGAUUCCUUAGAGGAAGUAGAAAUAAUUACCAUCAUAUUUUACACUUCUCUAGAGCCUUUCAUCUUGAAGAUCUCAAAGGAUUUUAGGAACAUUUCAUUUUCAAGGCUCACUCACAGAGCCCAAGAGGGAGCAGGUAAGUGACAUUGCCAGCAUAUUCUAGUUGGAUAAACUCAAACACAAAGGACUUUGGUGGUUAACCCAAAACUGACAAAGUGAAUCAGCAGCAAAGUCAGGAAAAGGACUCAGGAGCCCAGAAUUCUGGCCCUGCAUUCUAACUAGCAUAUACCAUUCCUAAGAGGGAGGAUUCUUGUUUACCUGAAUUUUUUUUCCUGGCCUAUAAUAGUUUGGGAUCCUAAAACUGACAUUAAUGGGAGUUUUAUAAAGAAAAAACUUGAGCUGCUGAUAUUUGCUUUUCAUACCCAUGGUAAAGAACAGCUAGAGGGGCCUCUUCCUGAGGGAAAGUUUGCUUUUGUGAAAUGUAAUUUUAGAGAAGCUGGAAGUGACUAAAAACCUGCCUUCAUCUAUUUCUUAAAAAGGGUUAGAAAGAUAAGGUCAACUUUGUUGAUUCUUGUACUGGCAAAAUGCUUUGUUUGUACAGCAGCAAUAACUCCAUUGGCUUUUCCUUCCUGUCCUUUUGUCAUCUGGCCAGAGACUUAAAGGAAGCACGCUAUCAGUUCUUGCCUAAUUGAUUUAUUUGAUUAGAUCAUAAUACUAAUGAAGUUGGGAGUCAUGGCUUCUAUCCCUAGGUAGAGAAGUUAGCUUUGGGAGGUGGUGUUUGGGGGUGGGGUGUAAUAAUUACAAUAGCUCACAUUUUUAUAGCACUUUACAAUCACAAAGCACUUUACCCCCAUAAUCUCAUUUGUUCCUUACAAGAACUCUAUGAGAUAGGUAAUUCAUGUGAGCACUGGGUUCCAAGUCAGAAGAUCUUAGAUUCCCAGCCCUGUCUGAGGCCUUAGUUUCCUUAUCUGUAGAAAUGGGGAUCAUACUUCCAAGCACUAUCAUAUGAGACCUUCUUAAAGAAAGCAUUUUGUAAACUGUAAAAUACUAUACAAAUGUAAGCCAUUUUUAUCAUCCUUUUAAGACAGAUGAAGAAUUGGAGGCUCAGAGAGGUCAACUUGCUCAAGGAUAAACAGUUAAUAUAAGCAGCAGACCCAAGGACAAGCACUCACAUCUACUGACUCCAAACCUAGCAUUCUUUCUACUACUACAUUAUGUUGCCUCCAUUAAUGGCUGACCUUGGCCAUUAUGUUGGUGGCAGGAAUCAUCCAAAGAGAGCAAGGAAUGGUAAUGGUCAUAACAUUUACUUAGCACUUUAUAAUUUAUUAACAUAGCACAUUCACUAUAGAUUGUCACUAAGCUUCCUUCCAACUCUAAAAUUCUAUUGAAUCCAUGAUUCUAAUUUAGUUUUCUAUGAUCUUCAUAGCAACCCUGGAAGGUCAGAAUUCAUCUCCCAAUUUUAGAGAUGAAGAAACCUUAAGCUCAAAGUGAUUUGCCAAAAGUCACACAGCAAACAAGCGGCAGUGCUGGGUGGAGAAUUUAAGAAUCCUCUGACUCUAAGUCCUGCUCUCCUUCCUCUAUAAUAUAUAAACUAAUCAACUUCGAAAUAUUACUAAAAAAAAUUGCUUAAAGCAUAUGUCUUAUUGGCAGUGAUUCCAUAGCACCCUUGUCAGAUUCAAAGGACAUGAGUGCAAAAGACUCUCUCUGUCCAUCUGUAUAAUGAGAUAGAGAGAAUAUGCUCAUGGAAGAGUAAAUGUUACCAUGAAACUAGAGACGUAUGCUCCUCUGUGUAAGUGAAAUCUCCUGUUGGUUUGUAGAGACAAAAGCUGCUUGAAUGUUACCAGACUGUGGUUGUUGGAGCUACAGGUCUUAAUAAAUCUUCUAUGCUGAUGUUACAAGUGGGAUAGGAAACCAUCAGGCCAGAUGGUACAGAGACCAACCUGCUCCAGGAGGCUGCUGUUUGAUAAAUCUCUUCAUGCCUAAUUAAGGCUCUUCUUCCAAAAUGAAUGAUACUGAAAAGUGUAUUGAUGUUGAUCAGAUGGGAAUCCAGACGUGUAUGUUGCUAUAUGAGCAUCCUUAAUAGCAUCCCCAAUGACACCAACAGCAGCAGCCUGCCCAAGCUGCUCCUGUUCUUCAUUUUAUCCCAUUCCAAAUCAAGUCUCCAAUUCUAGCCUCAGCAUUUCACCUUCUGUCUUCAUUGCUCUUUCUAUUCUAUUCAGAUAGAGCAGAGGAAGCCCCAGCAGGAAUAGUUGGCAUCUUUCCACCUCUAAAUAUCCCAUGAUUCUGGAAUAUCAUUGCCUGCCUGAGUCUUGACUUAGGGUAACUACUGUGAAUGCUGAGGUGGAGAUUGGUCUCUCUAGUCUGUUCCAUCUUUGGAUCCCCUACAGAUCACAAAACAAAGGCAAUGAGAAAGGCAAGCCAUUCUGGUGAUUGAGCCAGCGGCUAAAGAAAGGGGAAUGUCCAGGGGAACUGGACUGAAACCAUUUUUUUUUUGUUUUCCUUGGAUUUUAGGGAGUCAGAAGCUGAAUUUUGAUCUGCAGCAGCUAGGAUGGCUAGGCUAUUUAGGUUAUUUAACCAACUGAUGGAAGCUACUUUGAAAUUUCAAAAUCCAAAGCACACAGUCUGAUUAACUGAUCACACUAACUAAUCUAACACUUUAAACUAACUAACCAUACAAUCUAAUUAAACUUCACCCUUUAUCAGUGACCAAUCACCCAGAUUACUGGAUUAACAAGAAUAGGAGUCCUUCCUUCUUGAUCUUUCUUAUGUCCUUAAGCCACCACCUAUUUAUAUAUCCUAGCCAAGUCAGAUUGAGACAUACUCAACAAGAGUUGUGAAUAGCUAUUUCUUCCACAUUUCAAUAGACCUGUGAUCUUGUCGAUUUGGGUACUCUCUCUAGGGGUACGGAUUGUUCCCCAUUUAUACCCUCUUGUUCUCUGCAAUUUUAGAUCAUGUCCUUCUAUAAAUCCUCCACAAGGUAUUCACCCAAAAUGCCCAUGACCUACCUCUACAUUUCUUGACAUUACAUGGAUGAGAUAGAGGGGUGGAGGAAAGGAAAGGGAGUAAGCAUACAUUAAGUACCUAAUAUGUGUCAGGCACAAUGCUAAGUGGUUUAAAAACAUCUCAUUUGAUCCUAGUAACUCUGAGGGGUAGUUGAUAUUAUUAUCCCCAUUUUACAGUUGAGGGAACUGAGGCAGAUAGGUUAAGUGACUUGUCCAGAGUUACACAGUAUCUGAGGCUGCAUUUGAACUCAAUUCUUCCUAACUCCAGGCCCACUGUUCUAUUCAACUAUGCCACUAGCUGCCUCUUAAGCAUAUUAUAGCUCCAGAGCAAGGAGAUAUCCAUUGUUUAUCCCUUGAACUUGCUAUUGACCAGAUUGUCUCCUUUUCCAAUAUAUAGCUCUCAGCUGACAUCCUUUUCCCUUCUUCUAUGUAUUUAUGUGUUGGUCUAAGCCUCUUUUUUCCUCUUUGGGGAACUCAUCACCUUAAUUCCUUAAAGACUGCACUUGUUGUCACAUUAGAAAUCAUCAGAGGGGCAGCUGAGUGGCUCAGUGAGUCAGGCUCAGAGACAGGAGGUCCUGGGUUCAAAUCUAGCCUCAGACACUUCCUAGCUAUGUGACCCUGGGCAAGUCACUUAACCCCUAUUCCCCAGAUCUUUACUGUCAUUCUCUGUCACCGAGAGACUACCACUAACUAGAAAUCAUCAGAAAAAUACUGACAUCAAAAAGAUGUGUUUUUGUUUUCAGAAAAGAAGCUUGGUAUCACUAUAAAGGCUGUGGAAAUUCCUAAAUUUCUGCCCACUCUCUUCUACUCAUGCUUAGAUAUAGUUCAUCAUCCAUUCCCCAGAUCCUGUUUUAAAAAAAUGUAAUCUCUCUAUACCAUUUCCAAAUACACCAAAUAAAGACAUGUCAGCAAAUACUAACAGAGGCAACAUUAAGUGAACUGUAUGGAAGAUAUUACCGAAACAGGCUGAUGGGUAAGUUAAACUUACCUUUAAAAGAGCUCUAGAGUCCUGCCCUUUUACUGAGAUGGACUAAUAUCAUGAACUUUUGCUCUAAAAUGAGAUACAAAAGUUGAGACUGUUGGAUGGAACCCUUUGUAUCAAAGACUGGAUCAUUCAAGAUGAUGAUAUUAAACAGAAGUUAGAUGUUACAGAGCUUGCAACAACUGGACAAUUUUCUCAAGUUUUUGUGAUUGAGAAAAUGACUUGUGACACCCAGGAAGUGUCAGGGUGACUGGCAAGAAGCUAACCUAUUCGGAUAACAACUCUGGGAUUAGUCCCUUGAUUGUUACAAGCAGAGAAAAAACUGUGUGUAAUUUUGAGGAAAGAAUAGUAGACCAGGAAUGGAAUACCUACCUAGUUCCUAAAUGAGCACUGAGACUCUUUCCAUUUUUAAAAUUCUGUUAUUUAUGACCUAGAUGGGGCUAUUUCCCUAAUGAAAAAAACCACUGGUCCAGUUUGUACCUGUUUCCUCAUCUAUAAAAAGGGGAAUAACAAUGCAAUGCCUACUUCAUCGGGUUAUUGAAAGGUGUUAUAAAACAAAAUAGAUGCAAAAGCACUCCAAAAAAUAUAGAAAUAAUACUAUCCAAAAAUUAAUUUGGCACCAUCUUGGGGGAGGGCAGGGUUAUUCAUGGAAUUCUGAAAUUUGGAUUUCCUUUUUUAUCUCUUGAGGAAAGGAAAUGUUUUGAGACUGAGACAGAAUGAAAAAGAGAACCCCAGAAAAAGAAAGAUAACUCAAAGAGGAGGGAGGUAGCAGGAUUUCUCCACCUGGCCAUGCUGCUGCUCCAUUUUAAUGUACUUUCCUUUUCCUUUUCCCCCAAACUACAUCAUAUUUCUUUGCAUUGGAAAAUGAAAGGGGCAAAAACACCUCCAAAUCUCAGAAGUCUAUGUAGAAACAAUCAUAACCUACUCUAAUAGAAGAAUUACACAAGGUAUUAUCAUAAUGAUUAUUAUUCGACCGUGAAGUAAGUUACAUGAUACAGUGAAAAAUAGUAUUUUAUACAAAAAAAAAAAAGGAUUUCCAUGGCCGCUAAUGGGAGGAGGAAAGAAUCUGCUCCAAAAGUAAACUCUGCUGUGAAGCAUUAGUGAUCCCACUCUGAGGACAAGGUUAUUAACAUUUUUUUCUAAGUGAUUCAUUAUUGAAAUGUAAAAACUAAUAAUUCUUUGGAACCACUUGGCCUGUAGAAUAGUCAAGGAAACUAUCUUUCCUUCUAUGAUUUGCCUCCAUGUCACCAGACCCUGCAGGAAAGAGAAUCAGCAGCACUGGUGGUAGGUAAACUGAGUCAGCCUAUGCCCUGAAGGUGGAGCAAAAGAUAAUAAAAGUCCAGGGAAGAGAGGGGCAGCAGUGAGAGUGGGACAGAUAACCAAUGGGGAAAAACUUUCAUCAGCAAGUCAUAUGAGGCCAUGGAUUGCAAGCCUACUGAAGAGAAAGACCUCUGGAUUUGAAUUUUCUUGUCCUAGUACUGAGCAACCAUCACCUGCCCAAUGCACCUACCAGAAUAGUGGUUUUAAAUUAAAAAAAAAAAAAAACUACCAGUGAUAAGUAGGUGGUAGCUUUUUACUAGUGGCAACUGAAACAAGUAGGAGACAGAACCUGUUGAUACUAUGGCACAGCCCCAUUCACAUUCCGGGUGUUAAUAUGAUAGCUUUUUGUAUAGAUCUACGAUCGUAUAGCCUUCAUAACAUAAGUUGGAGAGAUUUCCAUGAUGCUUUCAUGACACAAAGUUUCCAAGGGAAAUGGACCAACAAUGUUUCCUCUGUACUCCAUGAAAAAGGGCUAAAGCUGUCCAGGACCUCAGAGACAACUAUGGAAAUGUUUGGUUCCCUCUGGAGCAGUGUCUACUCUUCAUGAACCAAGAUGACAAAGUGAUUAGGUGAACACACAGAACAGACAACUCCAGUGGUGAGAAAAGAGAAAGAAAGAUGGAAAAAAAGAAUCAAAUCUGCAGUCUGAAUAAUUUUAUGGUAGUACAGAAGCUUACCCCAGUGUUCAGAGGGGGAGAAUGAAGAUUCUAAAGAGCCUUGAAUAUUAUGACACCUGAACAUUAGCUGAAGGAAUUGGAGAUGUUUCCACUAGAGAAGACAAGACUUAAAUAUAGCCUUGGCUAACUUAUUCGUAUGGUAAUAAGCUUGUAAUCAUGUGUUGCUACUGUUGGUGGAUAGUCAAGGGGAGGGAUCAAGUGACUGAUUUGGGUCCCUCCCAGGCCUAGGAUUCUUUGAAUCAUUUGUCCUAUGUUUUGCUCAUUUUUCCUAUUUGUCCCUUUUUGACUAUUGUUAUUUCCUAUAAAGCUCUAUUUGGACCACUGGA